UCCCUGCACACGCAGCCUGAAACAGCAAUAGAGAUGUUAGAGAUGUGAGAGAUGGGAAAAAAAUAUGUGCUUCGGCGGUCAGCAUGUUUCCAGGGGUUUUCUAUGCACUGCUGGCGGGUUUCUUGGGAGCCGUAGCCUCCUCGUCUGCGAAACUGUCCCUCGGAACCGAUUACCUUAAAGGUGUUUGUGAGACAGGGCUGAGGACAUGGGGCGAACAGCGUAAAUUUCGACAGGAGAACGAAACUACCGCCUGUGACUGGCUGCACAUUCCCUUGAGGUUGCUGUGUGGGGGGCUGCUGUUUACCUGUAAUGCUGUGAUGUGGACGUUCCUGGCCAAAGCGCUCAGAUACUCCUCCUCCUCCACUCGAACCACUGUGACCACCACGGCCUCCAACUUCGUCUCCUCAGCAUUCCUGGGGCAGCUCAUCUUCGGAGAGACCCACAUUGCUCUGUGGUGGGUGGGGAUCUCCCUCACCCUCUCGGGCCUUCUGGUGCUUCACCGAGCUGCUCCCCACAACCCCGGGCUCACAGACGCCAAGAAGGAUGAAUAGAAAAAUGGAGGGUAGCCUCCAUCUCGGCACCGGUGACCGAGAACAGCCCCACACAACAGCUGCCUUUGGAGCGGAUCGGGAUGAGAUCCGCACCCCAUUUGGUCCAGAUGCACCUGUGGGUUAGGCCAGUAUUACUAUCAAACACAUCUCUCUCUCUCUCUCUCUCACACACACACACACUCACACACACACACACAGAAAAGACACCACAUCCACUGGUCCACUGGUGGGAAUAUUUGAGUGAGAAUAGAAAAUGGUGGCCAGCGUCAUCUCACCAGCACCAGUGAUUGACCACUCCCACACACAGCAACAGAGUUUAAGUCUCAUCAGGGUCACAGGGAGGCUACAUCAGGCACGGAUCUGAAGCGUUUCAUUCGUGUUGCGUCUGCUGCAACUAUUAGCUUCCACUAUCAUCAGUACAACUGGCUACAUCAGAUGUGAUAGUGGCACGUACGUUCAAAAAAAUUAGACCAAUCUUCUAAAAACUAUUAGAACUCUUAAACUAUUUUUAUGCUACACGAACAGAGCGCUUCAGUUUGCACACCUGGUGUAGUUUUCUUGUGAGCCACAUCAGGGUCAGAUACAGCCAAGAUUUAGCUGGGACUGACCACACUUACUCUAUCUACAGUAAAUUUAACUACAUGGCAUCCAUACUUCAGUGGUCUUAAUAUUUUUGUUGGACGUCAGGUUCAGCAAAAUCAUACAAUCUGAAAUGUUACUGUGAAAGUAUUUUACCUCUGUUAUAGUUUUUUUAACAUCCAAUAUAUCCAGCUCUCAGCAUGUGUCUGCUCACCAUUGAAGUGCCCUGUGGAAACGUGUAAAAUGUGUUGCUAUUGGGCAGAUGGGCUCUGUAUAGAUUUUACACUGACACAGCAUCUGUGUAUGGCGUGAGCAGGCGGUUUAUAUCUCUGCAUAUCUGAUGCAGUGCUGACAAGUGAUCACUGUCUCUGCAUGGCAUAGUACUCACAGGUACUUCACACACAGAUGGUGCACACAUACAGCGGAUAUUCCAAACACAGAUACUCCACAUACUGAUACUCCACACCACGCAGAAAUUCUCCACAUAUAGGUACCUGACGCAGAAAAAGUCCUGUGGAGUAAGCCUUGGUGAGACCUCCUGAAACUGUUUUAUUUAGCAGAUUAUGUGAAGAGUUUCGUUUACGUCUUAUUUUAUAUUAUGUGUUAGAGGGACGGUUUGUAAACUGUAUUGUAAACGGCUAAAGAGUGUUGUUAGACUAAGUUCCUAAUCAAGGCUUGAGUCCCAACCACACAGUUGAGUUUUUCUAUCAUACCAAAGACUACAGCGCCUCAUGAGGAGAUCUAUAUAACCCAGACGGCAUUAAUCAUGAGAUGAGAUUUCGUGGUCUGAUUAGGCUAGUUUAGAGACAGACCUCUUAAUGGGGAAGCUUCAUCACUUGCGUACAUCCAUUUAGUCUAUUCUAACACAAUCAUCCCAACAGAGACAUUACUGUUUUUUUUUUUUUUAAACAAGUAGGCUAAUUACUCUGUCCACUGUGUCCAGCUUGACUUCUAAUGGAUCAGACCAAAACGUAGCACAAGUGCGCGUGCACAUACUCACAUAUAUAGACAGCCAGUUUUUAGCAUUGUGACGGGCGGAGGUGGCUUGCACAGUGCGGUCGCUUUCAGAACGCACCCUUGAACUCUCUGAGCGACAGCCGAAAUAGCAUCAUAUCUCAUGCAUGCGGGUUAUCUACUGUGUACUUCCAAUUAUCCCAUAUCACUGUGACGUACACAAGAAGGAUUGGGGUGACGUGCAAUAAUGUUGGUGAUUGUUUUGACAGUUCGAUAAUCUCGAUACUGACAGCUUCUACUGUUAUUGGUAAUCAACCAAUGGCAGUUGCUCUUUUGGUUUUGAUGUGUAACUUAAUAUGCAUGCAACGAAAAGGUGUUAGACAAAUGAAAUGUACAUUCCUUCUGUAGCUAAGUACUAAGACCCAGCAUUCAGUACACUUCCUCGAUCCAGCGUUCUUCCUACAUAUUUUUUGCUGCAUUUUACAAGGUCAGGGUAGUACAUUUUGGACCAGCAGUAAAAUGGAAGUUUUUUAACAAACUUGGAUGGACUUGGCACAGUGUCCUAAACUCAUAUACCGGUAAGCAGUUAUGUCCCAGUCCACUUCAGCUGUAGAUUUUUAAAAAUGUGUACACGACAGAAGGAAUACACAGUUCCCUGAAAAUGUGAAUACCUGUUUUAGAGAGAAGGUUGUUUGGACUUUCUUUUUACACAGUAUGUAGAAACCACCUUCUUUGUGUGCAUUUUGAUUUCUUUAGAGUAGGCAACUGUAAUUGGAACACUGUGUUAAUGUAAAUGUUUUACCGUCAUAGAUUGGAUUCCAUAAAACCAAAUUCCUUGUAUUUAUGAACAUACUUGGCAAAUUCAGUCCGAUCCUGUUUCUGAUUCUGAUCAUCAAAAGGCACUGAGGACUGAGACAUUCAGUGGAGAAAGGGCCGUUCACACCAAGAACGUUAAACGGCAAAAAAGUAUCGUCCUAGCUAAUAUGAUUGACAAUGUCCACACAUAAACUAUAACGAUAACGAUAAGAUUUCCUUAUCGUUGGUCAGUGUGGAUGCUUUUAUUAUUAGUUAUACACUCUUAAAAUUAAUGUGUUGUCCCUAUCUGGACACAAAGAUGUGUUAAGAAACAACACAAGUUGUGUUGUUUUCAACAUAUUCAUUUAGUUGUCUUUAUAGUUCGUUCCUGGUGUGAAGGGGCCUUUCUUCUGACCACUGUACACUGUACAUAGAUGCCUUUAUUUUAUAAUUCUGAAUAUUUGCAUUUUUAUUUGAAGGAAUAUUCAUCAGAAACUGUGUAAACACUCAUAUAUUCUUGAAUAAUAAUGUGAUUGAAUAAACCUUCCAAACAGCAAA